AUGGGACUGCCGGAGUCUUGCUCCGGGGUCCCGGCGUUUGGCGUUUGGCAACAGAAAGCGGUUGGAGGAGCAGAAGCGUGGGUCGGGUGGGGGGUGGAAGCAGAGGAUCUCACUUGGCGGACGGAGCCGGUGGGAGGGAUCCAACACGUGGGACCGCCGGAGUCUUACUUCGGGGUCCCGGCGUUUGGCAACAGAAAACGGUCGGAGGACCACUUUCCGGUGGCUACAAAUGGACGAAAAGUGAAGGGGGCAAAGCCACCUGGAAAAG